AUGUCUGUUCCGUCACAAACAAGAUCAUAUUCCGCUAGCGAUAUCCGUAAAAAUACAAUACCAGAUGAACAUAGUAUGGAAACUUUAUUACAGCAGGCCAUCAAUGAGCGUAAUUUUCUACGACAGCAAAACGAUCAAUUAUGGAAGAUAAUUGAGAAGCAAAAGACCGUUAUUAACAACCUUCAGAGGGAUAACCAGAAACUCGUAUAUGAGAGAGAUCGACGCCAUUCCAAGCCCAAUGCUCAAAACCGACCAGAAUCUAUUCAAGAAGAUCCAAAGAGGAUGAGUGAAGUUACUCUGGUUAAUAACGAAAUCGGCAUGGUAACUGCCCAAGACAAAGCUAGAGACGAGAAUGUUCAGCAACAUCCCGAACCGCAACAACCAUUCCAACAACCAUCACAGUUACCAACGGAAACGUCGGUAAAAUUAUCUGAACAAAGCCUCCUCGAUAAGCAAGACAGUCCCAAAUCUGAAAGCGAGCAGCAAGAUAAGCCGCAAUCUCAAAAUGCCAGUGACCAAAUGGAUCCUGUUACGAGCUCAUCACCAGUUUUGCCUCAAAUCGACAAUAGCCAAGAUGAUAAAACUGUCGCCGACACUCGUCAGCCUGAGGACAUCAAAGACAAUGAAGCAACCCGACAAUUGUCCGAUGAUGUUGUUCAACGGGAAUUAGAGACCGAACAAGAAUCCACUUUGCAGAUUAACUUGCAAGUGGAUGUUUCUAACGGGAAACCAAUACCUUCACCAGAAUCACCAGUUAUUAUCGAUUUCAGUAAAGAUAAAGAAACAGAGCAUAGAAUGUCUAAACCUUUAAAUGCUCGUCCAUUAAUAAAACAAUUAGAUACGUUAAAGAAGGACCGCAGACACAGCAGGGUACCACCACGUAAAGAUUUAGAACGCGCAGAUUCGCCUUCUGAUAGUUUGCCACCAACUAUAAAAGUAUAUAGCUUGCCUUCAUCACCCAAGAUUAUGAACGUCAUAGAAAACAAGCACAUGUAUGAUCAUUCACGAACAAGCAGCGUACCAUUGGCCUCAACAUAUCCGCGGGAAAAUGAAACUCAAUUACCGAAAAUCAACACCAUAACAGUGGGAUCUCGAGAAUCAAAGUCUACUAGUCAAAUAUCAACCGUUGAAAGACCUCAACAUGAAAAAUCUGCUCAUAUGCUUGCACACGCCAACAGUGACUCCAACCUUACAGCACCAGUCCAGAAAACGAUCAAAACGCACAAAUCGGUUGAUUCCAUGUCGGAAACUCGAUCUCGACAGCAACAGCGAAUGUCGAUGAUGCCGCCCCGAUCAGAAUCAACCGGAACGAUUAAGCCCGUAAUGAGACAUGGGCCAACGAUAGCUGAUGAUAGAGUUUUGGACCCUAAUGCUGGACGAACGUCAUUGUCCGUUCCAACACCAACACCAAGACGGAAUCGUAAUAGUUUUGUUAUGACUUCCAACGAAUAUAAAGUUCCAGAUAAUAUAAACACAGAAAUUCAAAAUCCCCAGGCAAUUAAUCAAAUGCCGCAGAAAAGCCUAAACAUUAAUACUCUUGUAGAUUCCCAUAUACAGAACACACAACAGCCGGAUAGACAAUCAUAUUCUUCAAGAUCAUCUGUAAUUCAGUCACAGCAGAUCAACCAAACGAUUACCAACGAACCCCUUCCCAUGGCUAUCCCGCAAAUGCAAAUUAAUCAAAAGCCUGUUCUGCAAACAGCCUCUGAAACCUCAAAUAUGGAUCUAGAUGAUCUCUCUGAAAUUACCGUCAAAGUAGUCGGGAGUACCAUUCGAACUAACGAGAAAGGCAAGGAAGUACUUAUGUUCUUGGUCGCAAUUGAGCGAGCAGCUACUGACGGAGAGUUAUGGCGGGUCGCCAAGCUAUAUUCGGAUUUCUUGGCGUUAGACUUGAAGUUGAAACAGCGACAAAAAGAAAACUUUGCAAGCAAGAACGCUAAACUACCCGAUAAGAAUCUUUUUUCAAACAAUGCCCCCAGCAAAGUUGAUCAGCGAAAGCUCGCGCUUGAGAAAUAUUUGCAACACGUGAUUUCACUUAAAUGGGAUGAUGAUCAAGAUCUACGUGAAUUUCUCAAAUCAAAUGUAAUCGAACAAUAUACGACCGAAAAUCAGCCUGGUUACAAGGAAGGUUACUUGACAAAACGGGGGAAAAGUUUUGGCAAAUGGAAAACACGAUACUUUGUUAUCAAAAAACCACUUUUGGAAUAUUAUGAAUCGAAAGAUGGCAACCACCUUGGUUCAAUCCGCUUGGCCAAUGCCCAGAUUGGUCGACAACAGAACAAAAAUCUCACGGAUCCAGAAGCACCAGGAAGCGAAAAUGCGUAUCGGCACGCAUUCUUAAUAAUGGAACAGAAAGGCGGUUUAAAAGGACCUGUUAAGCAUAUUCUAUGUGCUGAAAGUGACGCAGAGCGUGACGAAUGGGUUGAGACCCUACUUCAGCAUGUAGGAGUAGAGGAAGAAACUCAAGAACGCAAAAAGGACAAGUCCGGAAAGGAAGCAAAGAAGAAAUUGAGCGUUGUCAAAUUAAACGCUCAAAUAAUGGAAUUUGCUAUGCAACAAGCGCAAACGGAAAUACAUAAUGAAAGGGCCCCUUAUCAACGUCAUGGAACGAGCGAAUCGGUCACCUCUAACUUUAGUUCAGCAUCUAUUACUUAUGAUCAAACAUCUCCGCUCUCGGCAUCUCCACAUUCAGCCUCUCCGCUCUCGACGUCUCCCAAUACUCAAAUACUUUCUUCAAAUAACCUCCCAGCCAAUUCUCAAAACGAAAAUAACUUGCAUCUCGGGCAAUCUCUUCGUGAUAGACCACGCAGUCACACACCUGAGAAUAAGGAUUCGCAGUUGCAAGAAAACUAUAAUCUACAAGCAUAUCAGUCAUAUACCCAAACUCUUAGAGAACCUAAUAUAAAUCUUAAUGCCGGAUCGUUCCGUAAAUCAUUGGAUGAUCCUGACAAAAAGGACCGAAAGGGGGUUCGCAUGACUUUCUUUGGAAAGAGUAUGUUCGGCUACGGAAGUAAAGAGGAGAAAAAGAAGAGUAUUUCAGCAUAUUCGGGGGCUCCUAAAAUCGUGUUUGGGGUGUCUUUAGACCAGGCUAUUGCUGUUGCAAGAAUAAAAGAAGGGUAUGAAUUACCAGCGAUUGUGUAUAGAUGUAUAGGAUAUUUAGAUGCUCAAAAUGCUGCGUACGAGGAAGGAAUUUACCGACUGAGCGGAUCAUCCAAUACCAUCAAAUUGUUGAAGGAGCGAUUUAAUGCUGAAGGUGAUAUCGAUUUAUUGGCCGAGGGGAAUCAAUAUGAUGUACAUGUUAUUUCUGGUCUACUUAAAAUGUAUUUGCGAGAGCUACCUACUCCUGUACUGACUCGGGAAUUGCAUCCUGAGUUUGUUCGUGUCGUUGAUCUUCUUGAUCGCCGAGAACGAAUCAACGAACUUGGUAGGCUCGUAUCAGCUCUCCCAAUUCCAAACUAUACUCUGCUACGCACAUUAAUUGCCCAUCUCAUUCACGUUGUACAAAACUCGGAUAUCAACAAGAUGACGGCACGAAAUAUCGGAAUUGUCUUCUCACCUACUUUGGGCAUACCCGCUGGAGUAUUUAAUCUCUUUAUGGCAGAAUUCGACUAUAUAUUCUUUACAACUUCUGAUGGGUUAGCGGCACCACGAACUAUCGAGCAAGAGCCGGCUGCCGUCGAGUCAGAUCGACUAGACGCACCCCAUCAGCCACUCGAUGAGAGCGCGAAUUCUACUAAUGAACCAUUAUUACCGACACCACGUUACAAAGACAUCCGCGAAGAACUAGGCGGUAGAAGUAACCGCAACAGCGUACACUAUAUGGACAACGUACCUGAAGCAUUAGUUGGACUGGAAAAGAAAAUUACAGAGAAAGUUAUUGCAACAGUUGUUGGUGAUGACGAGGUAAACGACCUCGAUCUUGUGGCAGAGGAAGAGGAGGAUAUGUACCAAGACUCGGUUGACGAGGUUUCUGCACCCCAACUACUUGCGCAAUUUCCAACACCGCCAAUUCAAGACACACGAUCUGCUCCACAGUCUCCACUAACAACUUCUCAACAUCCGCUUCUCCCGCGAUCCAAUUCUGUACCUGUAAGCUCGCACGCAGGGCCAUCACAUAUGCCACCACAACAAACUCCUUCACCUAACGACGAAUUCAUUGCAUCACAAGAUGAUAUGGUGGGAGACAUGGUAACGGGAAAGAAACGGAGACUAACUGUAAGGAAUUAUACAUCACAAGACUCAAUGUUUGAAGUAUAUGAACAACACAGACAGGUAGCAGAAGAAUUUGCAGUUCUUGCCGAAAUCGGAAAGAAUAAUGUAGUUGCUGGUGUAAAUUAUACAUUCGGUACAAAAGAAGCACAGCCCGAAGAAGAUCCAAGCGUAGCAGCACGCUUGCAGAGGCUUCAAAACGAUUAUGAAACAAGCGGAAUGCGUAGGACUGUGGAGGGAGUCCUGGUCGUGCAUGAACAUAAUCAUCCGCAUGUUUUAAUGCUGCAGAUUGCGAAUAGUUUCUUCAAAUUGCCUGGUGAUUAUCUUCGACCAGGUGAAGAUGAAAUUGAAGGCCUUAAAGCAAGACUAGACGAACGGCUUGCUCCCGUUGACAAAGACAAGGCGUCCUCUAAUGAUCAUAAUUCAGACUGGGAAAUCGGGGAAUGCUUAGCCGUCUGGUGGAGACCUAAUUUCGAGACGUUUAUGUAUCCGUAUAUUCCAGCACACGUGACAAAACCAAAAGAGCAAAAGAAAAUCUUCUUGGUGAAUUUACCUGAGAAGAAGGUUCUUUCGGUCCCGAAAAAUAUGAAGUUGCUCGCAGUUCCUCUUUUUGAAUUAUACGAUAAUGCACAGAGAUACGGGCCACAACUCUCAGCCAUACCACAUUUACUGAGUCGGUUUAAUUUUAUUUACGAAAAAUAA